AAGAAUUCCAAGAUGCAUCCUCAGCAACAACAGAACUCGAAGCAAUAAUAGAGAAAAUAAAAACGCUGACGGAUAACUGGGAAAAGAGUCAGUGUAAACAAAAUGAGACAAUGGUCACUCUAGAGAAAGAGAAAAAACUCAGACGCGACCAGCUGAAAACUGCUCAGGAGUCAUACCGUGCCACUGUAAAGAGAUUUGACCUCUCAGUGAAGACGAUCACUGACCUUACGGAUAAAAUUGAAGGAUACCAGGAUGCUUCAUGUAAAAUGCAAAAUAGUCUUGAAUGCAGGCAAAAACUCAAAGCAUCACUUCAAAGUGAUUUUAAUAGGCUUGAGAAUAAAAACAAAUCAGCUGCUCAUGUAAUGAGCCUCUUGCAGUCUAAUGUUGAUGGCUACAAACAACGAACACAGCGAUCCGUGCAGACACACACGGCUCAUAUUACAGCAAGAAAAAAGCAAAUGGAAGAAAGCAAGGAUGCACUAAAAACUGCACUGGAGCUGAACAAACGGUUGGCAAAUGACUACAGACGUUUAAGGAAGACCCUCCCGGAGGCCAAAAAAGAGGCUUUUUUAAUGCAGAGCAAGAAAAGACAAGCAGAGGAAACAUUUAAUUAUUACACACAAAGCGCUUUGUUGCAGAAGAGGAUGCACAAAGAUUUGGAAUACUUAGGACAACGCGCCCUCAACAGCCAGGCUAAACUGGAUCGGUGGGAACAAGAGACCAACGAGAAAAUAAAAGCAGCCGAGGAGAAUUUGUCGAAAGAUAUUGAGCUCAUCGCAUCAUUUCGGGAAUCCCUGACAGAUGACUGGACCAAGACAGAUACCACGGACAAUGCUUCGGGUCAAGAGCAAGCCAGCUCAGAUGCUGCCGGAUUAAAUGAGUAG